UCUGGAAAAAAAAAAAGAAGAGAACUCAGCCAUUUGACUCAGUGAUUCCACAUGCUGGCAUGGUAGGAAUUUAGCCAUUUAAUAGUGUUUCAGCUCUAUGGAAGAUUUAGAUCAGGGAUACUCAAUUUGGUCGUAUGAGGGACGCAGUUCUCCUGGUAUUCAAUUAGUCACCACUCCAACACACCUGACUCAAAUGGAUCCAACAACUUUUGAAGUUCUUCACAAUGACUUAUUAAUUUGAUUCAUGUGUGUUGGUGCAAGGACGGAUUGAAAACCUGCAGCCCUCAUGGGACUAAAUUGAGUAUUCCUGAUUUAGAUACUGACCUAAAGGAAACAGUCUGGAAGCGUCACUGUGUAGGGGUUGCUCCUCCCAUGUGGACAUUUUGGCUAAUUACCCCAGAAAAGGCCUAAGUAAAGAUCUAAGAAAAUUAUAUCAAAAUGUUUGUAAUGCUUAUGUUUUAAAGAUAUUAAUGAAGGUUUAAAUGUCAACUUUGCUCAAGUCCAUGAUCUCUUGACACAAUAAUCAACCUGAACAUGAGUUUUUAGGAGGAAACCUGAUUAGUUCAUCCAAACAUCAACCCAUGGUCCAUUGUGAGUAAUUAGAAGUGUUGUCACCUGGAAAUAAAAGAAGCUGCUUCCAGCUGGGAAGGUUUGGCUCCUCAGCAGCUAGAUGGCUUCCAGGUUUGGCCCGAAGAAAGUUGAAGAAGAGCAGGAUUACUGUUACUCCUAUCUGCGAAUGGAUAGCAAGCCCUUGAAUGAGCACCCUCAGAGCCCCUCCUGGUUGAAAGAGAGAGAGGAGCACAUUGAUCAAGGAGAAUCUCUCAGGGAGCAACUGAAAGAGAUGGAUGAGCAUGUGGCCAGGCUUCAGGACAUGUUGAGAUGUGAAUGGGUCAAGUGCUCCCGUCUGCAGCUCCAAUUUAACCAGCAGGAGGCUGAGCUAAAACGUCGAGAGCUGCUCAGUAAUAGGCUGAAGGAGAAGCUAUCAAAGCUGGUUGACAGACCCAGAGACAAAGGACCCUCCUUAGAAGUUUUAAACUUGCCACCCAGUGGCAGGGGCAAGAGGGAGCAGUUGAACAAAUCUCUCAGGUUUGCAGCAAGACGAGAAGAAGCAGCGCUUCAGCUGAUGCUGGAGCGCAGAGAGGCAGAGCUAAGAGAGGCGAUGAAGCUACGCCACAGUCUAACCACUUUACUGCAUGCGCUAAGAAAGGAUAUGGAGCAGUCCCUGUCAGACUUGGCAAAUGUGGCCCAAGAUGGAGAUAAAAAGCUGGAUCAAACUGAAGUGGCACUUGGUGAACAUGUGACUGGAGGAGUUGUUCAGAGUUGGAGGCAAGUACAGAAGAAACUGCAAGGCGUGCUGUCUGAUGGUCAAACUGCUGCUGGUACCGACCAUGACAAGCUACUGGCUCAACUAGAAGCUGAGCUUAGAGGGAGUCACCAACUUGUCAGAUUACAGCAGCAACUGCUGCAGGAUAGCCUUGCAUCUCCCGUCCCUUCUGAACUCUCGGAUUCCUACUUUUUGGAAGAGUGGGAGCGUCUUCAGAUGUGCUGGGGAGAGCUGCAUCAUCAGAAGAGGACUUUUGAAAGAGAGCGCAAGGCUUUCACUGAUGCCGCCAUCCGACUAAGCCACGAACGCCGAGACUUUGAACAACAGAAAGCUUCUUUUGUAAAGCAGCAAUAUCUCUGUGACUCGCCUCUGAUGUGCAAAGGAGUGCCAAACAGCAGCAGAGAGAGCACUGUCCUCAACUUCUCUUGCAUGGGACCCGCCAACAUGUCUGGCUGUCGUCCCAUUACUCCAUCAUCUGCUGACUCCAGCAAUGUGGCCAUUCCUGGAUUACAUGAGGGAACCGUGAGAGUGCAAACCCCCAGUACUCCUGAGUUGUAUGCUGCCCUCAAUAUGUCUGAUGGCAGGUCCAGAGAUGUUGACCACCAAUUGGAGAUGUGGGAUAGUGGGGUAUGUAGGAGAGUUUGCUCACCUUGGGCUCAACAUAUGGACUUGUCAUUUUAAUAGAGUACUGAUGGUGCACCCCAAAAAUUAAAUUGUAUUACUAUAUUUCCUAUUUUAACAUAAUAAAGUGAUUUUAUGUUUUUCA